UCCCUGGCAGUGUUACCACACUGCUCAACUAUGAAGCAACCUUUCCCAGAGAGGGCCUAUAAAAUGGCUGCCUGUAAAGGCCAGGCCAACACUGCUCUUCCAAACGCUCUGUGUGGCUCCUUGACUUCGAUAGAGUGCAAGAAGAUGGCAAACCAAAAGUCACAACUGGAACGCAGCAUAGACACCAUCAUCAACGUUUACCACCACUACUCUGUACGGCAGGGGAAUGCAGACACUCUGAACAAAAAGGAAUUCAAAGAAAUGGCAAAAAAAGAGCUGCCAAACUUCCUCAAGAAGGAGAAUAGGGAUGAAAAAAUCAUAGAAGACAUCAUGGAGGACCUGGACACAAACCAGGACCAGCAGCUGAACUUUGAGGAGUUUGUGAUCCUAGUAGCAAGGCUGACCAAUGCCUCCCAUGAGGAGAUGCACAAGAAUGCUCAUGGAGAAGGCCACAGCCAUGGGCCAGGCCUUGGGGGAGGUAGCUGUGGCCGUGGGUCAGGCCCUGGGGAGGGUGGCCAUGGUCACGGCCAUGGUCAUGGCCAUGGUCACAGCCACUAAACAGGGCCCAAGCCAUCCAGUACUUGCCCAACCAAGGCCACAGGGAAUGUCAUGUCAUACCGCCUUAGCUGUGAGGAUUGGGGUUGGAGAGAAAUAAAAUCUUAUUCCAUGCCA